GAUUAAUCAAAAUGACGAGUUUGCGCUGUGUUCGUAAGUUGACUGGAUAUCCAAAUACGUCCUGAUUCAAGACAAUUAGUUCAAUUAUGGAGGUAUAAUAAUGUAGUGCUAAAAUGUAUAAUCUGAUGAUCCAGUAAUAUUCUUUUUCAUGUGAUCUUUAUCAACGGGCGUCUUCAAUUAUGCGUACUUAGGCCCAAUGCACCUUUUACUUGAUGAAUACCGAGGACACUCAGGCACACAUCUGGUUUGUUCAACGAAAGGGUAUGGUAAUGCACGAGGCUGAUUAGUUUCUAUUCCAGUGAUGAGAGCCGCUCAUGCUUUCCAUGUGGCUGUGCUCAUAUUACUACUAGACAUAGAUUUUGCCUUCAUUGAUGGAAAAUGCUUAUUUGCUGAAUUCAAGAUUGUGGAAGAAGUAGAAAGAGCAGAAAACCCUCCUGUCUUAACCAGCACGGGUCACUGCGUCUCGAAAGAAGGAGUCGCUUGGAUAUUUGGAGGAAUCCAGUACUACAGUGUCAAUCACCACAGCGACAUAUCUGAUCAGUUGUGGAGCUAUGAAACUCAAUUGCAUAGUUGGCGAAUCCAUCAGAAGAAGUUGGGCUCAGACCAAUGGCCUUCGCCAAGACAUAGCUCAAUCCUUUGUUGUGGAGAGGAUUACCUCAUUCUCUAUGGAGGUCAAACGCUUGAUUCUACAUCCCUUAAAGAUCUUUGGAUUUUUGACAAAGCCGGUGGGAUGUGGACUAACCCGACUGAAGUCAGCACGUCAACAUCCUACAUAUGGAAUGAACACUUAAGGUUGUUGAAUUCAAGAUCAACGGUGUCUUGGUGUUGGAAUGAUUCACUGUGGUACAUCAAUAACAUAAAUGAUAAUAAGACGAACCGGACACAUGGGCAAUUCCAGGUGGUCAGUUUUACACUUGCUAAAAUGCAAUGGGAAUUACAAAAUAUUACAAAUUCUGGAGAUAAAAGAAAAACUCUUCUGGGUUCCUAUGUGAAAUGGAGUGAUGCCAGCUCUAUUGUGCUUGGAUCCACCAUCUGGUUCUUUCCUCUCGGAUCUACUCCAGUUCCACAAGAUGAAGUCCAAGUCUGGUCAUUCUCCAUGGAAUCAUUCCAUCAGACAUUCCAUUUAUUCCAAAUAGAGUCUCAAUGCUCAACGUCAUUGGAAAAUGGCUCUUCGGAUAUAAUAGAUGGCCAGAAUGAAUCCGCAUGGAAUUACCAUUGGAGCUUUUCAGCAAAACAACCCUCAAGCUUCCAGUAUGAAAAUGCCACUAUAAUCCUGGGCCGUAAAACUAAUCUCUCACAAAUUUGGAGUUUUGAUACAAAAGCAAACAAAAUUUGGUUAUCAACUUCGUGUAAUAGCAUACUUUCGUAUGGAAGAUCAGCCGACCCGUGCGUUUUAGAAAACAGUUCCCAUUGGUUUUAUGACGACAUGUGGUAUUCGCACGGUGGUAUUUUGCAAUGCGAAAACAAUCGUCAAUUUUAUAUUGACAACUUGUGUACAGUUGAAUCUUCUUUUAUGGCCGUAUGCAAUGAAACAAAUGUACUAUCAGCCGGAGUAUUAUUCAUGUUGAUAUUGUUUAGCUUAUCAUCAAUAGCUAUUUUUAUUCUUUGUUGUAUAGUAUUAAGGAAAUGUGUAAACGGACCAUACUUAAAACCACCGGUGCAUUAUGGUAAAGCAAUAAGGUACUCUCAACUUGCACUUGAUGAAAUAACAUAAGAUAUAAAAAACAUAAAUCAAUAAAACUUUUCAGAGUGUCAAACUUAAAAACUGAUAAAUUAGAACAGAAACGGAAAUACACACAUGUCCCACAAACACGCGUUUGCGUACGAUGAAGCUUUGUGAAACGAGGGGUGGGGGGUUUGGCGGAAAGGUUCAUUGAUUUAUUUAGGUUAAUAGAUGUUUUCAUUUUAAUCUCUCUUACAUAUAUAAAACUCAGGCAAUUCUUUUAAAUAUUUUGGUAUAAUUUUUUUUUUAAUGUCUCCAUUAUAAAUAAUAAUCUAAACUUUUUAACAUUUUGCAAUUUACUGUCGUGAUCGUGAAACAUUUCAUGCAAUUAAAUGAAUUAUAGUGUCUUCCAAGUAUAUUCCAAAGGAAGAAUAUCUUUUUACAGGAUGAAAUGAUAGUUUAUUUAUAAAUAAUGAAUACAACGUCAAUUAGUAUACGAAUCCUUAGUAGUUUCUUUUUGGACAGCGCCAAGAGUGUUUGUAUACUUCGAAGGAUUGCUUGAUUUUUUGCGCCAAAAAUAUAAUGGUAAAAAAUUAACAUAUCUCUACAAUCUAUUAGAUUGUUACUUUAUAACCUUACUCAUUAUACACUAUUAUAUUAAUAUACUUUAUGUAUUUAUAUGUAAUAUAUAGUAAAUUAACUCUUAUUUAUACAUAUUAUACUUGGCCAAAUAGUGACUAAUUGGAAAUUGGUUUUAUAACAGAAUCAGAUGUCUCUACAAUCUAUUAGUAGAUUGUUACUUUAUAACGUUACUCAUUAUACACUAUUAUAUCAAUAUACUUUAUGUGUAUAUAUAUGUAAUAUAUAGUAAAUUAACUCUUAUUUAUACAUAUUAUACUUGGCCAAAUAGUGACUAAUUGGAAAUUGGUUUUAUAACAGAAUCAGAUGUCAGUGUACAUGUUGCUGUAUCAGGUUUUCAUCAUUAAUUUUUUUGUCAAAAGUGUAUAUUCUCAAGUAUUAAUUUUAAGUUAUGAAAAUAAAUGUAGAUAGUCAUAAACAUGCACUAAAUCUUGUAUACAAUGACGUCACAAGAGCCCGAUUGUCAAAUAGAAUGCGUUGAAUUUCAAAGUUCGACUGCACUUACUAAUUAUCUUACGGUGUGCAAUAUUCUAUACCUACAGUAUUUACGAAUUUUGAAAGAAUUUAUUACUGCAAGAGGCCUAUCUCGAGCCGUUUUAGCUGUAAAUAACGUAGGCAUACCUUAUUAUUUAAAAUAAUGAAUUUGUAGUUCUUUAUAAAUUUACAUAAUAUAAGAAAAGGAGACACAAGGUAACUGAUAACUUAAACUUAAAACUUUUUUCUUUGAUGGUUUCCUCUUUGAUACUAUUUUUUGUCAAAUUUUAUAAAUAAAUAAAUACAACUAUAAACGUAUAUAAUAAUUAAUCAACUUCACAUUUCAUAUCUGAUUUCCCUUUGUCUCUAGUUUCAAAAUGUUCCAAUAAAAGACACAUAUUAUAAUAUAUACUUGAAUAUAUUAAGAACAAUGUAUUGUUACAAAUAGGUCAAUAGUUAUUUUUACAAGAGAGGUUUACGAUAGAUGUCUAAUGAUAUUUCUUGUAUCACAUUACUGCUAAGUCAAUAUAAUGUACGAUUACAUUACUGAUAGAGUAUAUUUGAAAAGAGCGAAAUUCAAUAAAUUUAAUUAGUAUUAGAAUUUAAAAAA